UAGAUUAUACACUUAAAAAUUUUGUUUAUUAUUUCAUCAGUGUAAUAAAUUUAAUUUUAUCAAUCAAUAAUUUAAUCUAAUGGACAGAUUUGAGUAUAUCGAGGCAAGAUUAUUCGAUGGAGAAAACUAUUUAAAACGAGACAAAAAUGUUAAAAUUUACGAUGGCGACGAUAAGACCCAGUUCAUUGAUGGUGAAGUUCUAUUAACAACACAUAGACUUUUAUGGGGAAAACCAGGAGAUAUACCAAAAGGCUUAGUUUGUUUAUCUCUCCAUCUGUAUUAUGUGUUUUGUUUAGAAGAAGAAAGUGGUGGCGUAUUUGGUCUUGGGGGUCCAAAAAGGAUAAUAAUGCAUUUAGGUCCUGCACUUCCAGGGAAAAGGCCUGGUCCAGCAGUAGUGAGCCCAUUUCACUAUGUGAAACUAUCAUUCAAAGAUGGAGUAGAUACUGCUUUUUACAAAGCUUUAAGUGACGCUGUUGCUGCCAAAGCGUGGGAAAGACAAACUCCAAUUAACACUCCGAGAACAGCUACAAGCCCAACAACGGCUUCAAGACCCACAGUCACAGCCGUAAACUCUAAGAUUAGGUCAGGCAUUGUGGGAAUUGAAAGAAGUAUAGAAGAACAGCAUAGAGCCACAGAUCAGAGUAUAAGUGUGGCAUUUCAAGACCUCACUAAGUUAAUGGAGAAGGCAAAAGAAAUGGUAUCUUUAUCAAAGAAUAUUUCUACAAAAAUAAGGGAAAAACAAGGUGAUAUUUCAGAAGAUGAUACAGUUAGAUUCAAAUCCUACCUCAUGAGCUUAGGUAUAGAUGAUCCAGUAACUAGGGAUGCAUUCAGAUCAGACUCUGAAUACUAUUUGGGUCUUGCACAACAAGUAUCAGAUAUGAUGGUUGCUGUGUUAUUGGAGUGUGGUGGAAUAAUGUCCUUAGCUGAUGUAUGGUGUAGAGUAAACCGAGCCAGGGGCUUAGAGCUUGUAUCGCCAGAAGACUUAUUGAAUGCUUGCAAAUUACUACGAACUGUAGACGCUCCCAUGUCACUCCGAAAAUUCCCUAGUGGAGCUUGUGUCUUACAGCUGAAUACCAACAGGGAUGAAGAGAUUGCUAAAUCUACAAGUGAUAUGAUACAAGAGAAUGGAUACCUCACACCAGAGAAGCUAUCGCAAAUCGCAAAUGUAUCAGUCUUGUUGGCGAGAGAGAGACUAUUUACUACGGAAAGACUUGGCUUGGCGUGCCGUGACGAGUCAAUUGAAGGCUUGGCUUUUUACCCCAACAGAUUUUUGCUAGAGGCCUAAUAAAUAUUUUGUAAAUUUCUUGUUAGCUGAUGUUACAUAUUAAAGAUUAUUUUUUACUAGUGUUUUCUUACA